CGCACGAGAUGCACGUUCUUCUUCUUCUUCUUCUUCUUCUUCCUCUUCUCUCAAUUCAACAUCCCAGUGUUGAGAUGUCCCUCCUCCUCCCGAGCAGCAUCCCUGCGUUUGUAGACUAAACUGUUGUCUCACUUUUGUUGCCUCUGUGUCUGACGAGGUUCGAAUCCCGAAGGAGCUGACACCCCCUUCCUCCUCCUCCUCCUCCUCCUCCUCCGCCUCCUCCUCCUCCUCCUCCUCCACCUCCUCCUCCUCCUCGUCGUGCCGCAGCAGCAGCAGCAGCAGCAGCAGCAUCCAACGCGGCGGUGAGCGCGUCCUGCAGCAGCAGCAGCAGCAGAAACGGCACCUGUCAUUUUUCAGGGGGAGCUGAUGACCGUGUUAGGUCUAAGAACAACGUAUAUUCUCUAAAACAAAAACAACGACAACCCGACACCCAGAGCCACAACACAGCGGGGGAAUACCGAUGGCUUCACGUGCGGACAUUUGCGCCUCUGACAAUUACGCAUCGAGCCCUUGAUGCUGAAGUGUGGUGACACUGAGGGGAGCAAUUUCAGUGCAUCCCUGUGAACACACGCACGCACACGCACACGCACACGCACACACACAGACGCACACACAUUGCGGAGCCGUUUGGAUGCAAGCACCUCACAGGAGACAAAUGAGAGGCUACCUGCUGACUGCAAUCUUUCUGCUGCCCUUGGUGGCCUCGGAGUCCGAGCACUGUUUAAUAAAGCGUGAACAUGAGAAGUGCAUGGAGAGGAUCACGCUCCACGUCCCAGGCGACGACCUCGAGUUGGUGUGUCCGUGGAUGUGGGACAACCUGACCUGUUGGCAGGCGGCCAACAUCGGUGAGGCCGUGGUGGUCAACUGUCCCGAGCUCUUCCAUGACUUCAUGGGGCCCGAUGAUGAAAUGGGGAGGGUCACUCGUAACUGCACCGAGGACGGCUGGUCCGAACCUUUCCCUCACUACGUGGACGUCUGCUUCUUCUUCGACAACACCACCAAACCUGACAUGUACUACGCCUCCGUCAAGGCCCUGUACACAGUUGGCUACAGCACAUCGUUGGUGUCUCUGACGACAGCCAUGGUUAUUCUCUGCAGAUUCAGGAAGCUCCACUGCACCAGGAACUUCAUUCACAUGAAUCUGUUUGUGUCCUUCAUCCUGAGAGCCAUCUCGGUCUUCAUCAAGGACGGCGUGCUGUACGCCCAGGAGGACAGCGACCACUGCUUCGUGCACACAGUGGCGUGUAAAGCAGUGAUGGUUUUCUUCCACUACUGUGUCAUGUCCAACUACUUCUGGCUGUUCAUCGAAGGUCUGUAUCUCUUCACGCUGCUCGUGGAGACGUUCUUUCCCGAGAGACGAUACUUCUACUGGUACACCAUCGUCGGGUGGGGAACUCCCACCAUAUGUGUGACUGUCUGGGCAGUUCUGAGGCUCCACUUUGAUGACUCUGGAUGCUGGGAUACGAAUGAGAACACUGCCCUCUGGUGGGUGAUCAAAGGACCUGUCGUGGCCUCGAUCAUGAUCAAUUUUGUCCUCUUUGUUGGAAUCAUUAUUAUCCUGGUCCAGAAGCUGCAGUCCCCUGAUAUCGGAGGGAAUGAAUCAAGCAUUUACCUCAGCUGUGCUCAGAAAUGCUUCAGUGAGCCCACACAAGCUGUUCAGCAUUCGUGCAGGAUGUCAGAGUUAUCCACCAUCACGCUGCGUCUGGCGCGCUCCACGCUCCUGCUCAUCCCUCUGUUUGGUAUUCACUACACUGUGUUCGCCUUCUCACCUGAGGACGUCAGCAAGAGGGAGAGGCUGGUCUUUGAGCUGGGACUCGGAUCCUUCCAGGGCUUCGUGGUAGCCGUCCUCUACUGUUUCCUCAACGGAGAGUUUCUCCCUGAAGGUGCAGUCGGAGAUCAAGAGGAAAUGGCGCAGCUGGACGGUGAACCGGUACUUUGCUGUGGACCUGAAGCAGCAGAGGCACCCUUCGUUGGCCAGCAGUGGCGUGAACGGCGGCACUCAGCUGUCCAUCCUCAGCAAGAGCAGCUCCCAGAUACGCAUGUCCAGCCCGCUGGCGGAGAACGCCAACAUCAGCCUCCCGACCUGAGCGUGUGAUCGGCCGGCCGUCAACUAACAAGGUGCCGUUCCACUAGCGUACAUCCAGACACCGACCGGACCAGACCAAAGUGGCCCCUCACACCUCUUAUGUUCUGUAGCAUUUGAUUCGGGUUCCUUAGCUGGUUUUCACACUUUACGUUUGAUUUGGUUACACAAUCUAAAACUGCGUUUAUUGGAGUAUUUCAGUGCUGCAGUUGACUCUGUAGAUCGCAAAUUUAGAGUAUUGAUGCGCUUAAUAUUUUUCACAAACAACCUAAAUUCUACUCCAUCAAAUGAAAAAAUGAUAAUGAGAAAUAAUGGGAAUUUCUUUUCUGACGAUAUUGCUAUGUCAGUUUGGCCCGCUUUAUUUUGUAUUUAUUUAUAAAUGUUAUUAAUGUGUGCAAUGAAAAACACUACAAGUUGUAAUUUUAAAAAGUUCAAAAAGUGAAAUAUGAAAUGAAGGGGUCAUAUUUGGCUGAUGGUGUGAUAUCAAUGCAACUCAAAGUGCCACACAGGUUGCCAGACUGGAUCUGAUCUCACAACAGUCCAAAGGGAAAUAUCAACCAAAAGUUAGCCUUGCUUGUACAAAUGCUCAUAUAGUUUAAAUGUCUCAUCUUGAAAUGUAAACAUUUUUUUUACAAUCAGCCAUACGUACGGAGUAUGUCAAAAGAUAUAUUUAAAAAAAAAUGAAAAACUCAUGGACUUUGUACAUAGUUAGUUGUCUAGAUCGGAAUUUUUUUUCUUUUGCAUAACACAGUAUUGUAAUGACCUUUUCAAAACAAAAGGAACUGGAGCCCAAAUCUGUAGACUUCAUCGAAUAUCCUGGAAGACCCAGAAGAUCCUGCCCGCUCUAUUCUGAAUUAUUUAUUUGUAUUAAAUUAUGAAAAAUAAAAACACAAACAUAAUACAUAGGAACAUACUGUAGUGCCAAAAUCAAUGAGUGUUGGAGAACAGCGUUUCCCAAACCUCGGGGUCUCAAGAUGAAAUUAAAUUAUGAAAGACGAACAUUUUUGUGCUCCAUUAAAUUAUUAUUUUUGCUUAUUUUUUCUUGCAAAAUGUUGGAUAUUUUCAAGUCUUAAGGCUUCUAAACUAGCAAAGAAGAGCAUGAUUUGAGUGAGUCAGAAACCGAAAUGGUUGCAAGCCGCUGCUGAUGACGAUGUGACUGGAAAUCUACACAGAUAGUUUCCCCACACGUCAGACAUGUAUUUUGCAGACUGUGAACAUAGAAAGUACAUAUGUGCCAUACAGUGGGUGUGUUUCAUCCAAAGCUUCUCAUAGUGCCAUGAGUUUUAUACGUGCAGUGUUUUACUGUAGGCCGUUGAACCGUCAACAUGCUCUUAUCGAUGACAGGAUUCUUUCAAGCCUUCGAGCCUUGUAUCAAAUUGCUUUUCAUUUUUUAACUUCUGAGACGAACCACCUCCUUCACUCACAUUCCAAAGUGCCUAGUUAGUCACAAAUAGCUAUCACUUUUAUUUAAAGUACAAGGAAACACACAAGUUACAGGUGAAGUUGGAGUCAUCUCCUGGAGAGAAUGUACACAGCGACGUGUUUUUAUUUUGGAUCAUGCAUAUUUCAUAAUUUAUUGGUAAAAUUAUUAUUUUUCUCUUUUUUUAAUAACGUACACAUUACGUGAUGUCCUGCUGAGUUUCUUUUUAAAAAAUAUGAUGACUCGAGAUUUAGCUCUGCGCGAUUUCUACUUAUAUUUUUUGCCUAUAAUCCAUUCAAGAAAACCACUGGUACGUCUCAGUCCACAAACACAGAGACACAGAGACAAUACGUGUAUCAGUCAACACAAAAUGCUUUACUGUAUGUGACCGCUCUUGACAAUCGCAGUGUGGCAAUUUUUCUUUUCAAUCUUUGUUGGGUUUUUUUGUGCAAAAACAAACCAACAUACAAUAUACUGUCCGGGUGGGGAAAUAAUUUAUUAAGAUGAAGUAGGAAAUUAUGUGUACAGGAGGAUUUUUUCCACCAUAUUUACUCAAGAUAUAUAUUUUUUGUAACUUCAUCUGAGUGGAUUUAAAGAAUGUAUUAACCUUGAGGAUGUACAUUUAUUUUCCAUAAACCAGUGCCAUCUGACAUGACUCAAUGUACAGUGUACAUGCUUUUGAUGGUGUAAUAACUGUGUGACACGUGCAAUUUACAUAACAUUAUGUUGACUUUCUUGGACAAAGUGCCAUAAAUGUAGUGCCAUUCUGACUUUAAAAAAACAACAGUAAACGGAAAUUGCUAUCCGAAGCUGCAGAGGAUGUAAUGAGAGAUUAUAUAUAUAUAGAUAUAUAUAAUAUAUAUCUAUAUAUAUCCUGUAAAUAAAAAAAAAUUAGAAAAAAAAGGCUAGAUAAAACAUACACACGACCCAGAGAGAUUUGUCAGCUAAAGGCAUCUUCUCGGCUUGUUCUCGACAAAAUACUCUGCGGCUGCUUACGUGUUGCAUCUCCAGCCGUCACUCCGAGUCUGAGUCCGCUCAGAUGGAAACGACCAUGUCUCAAAGCUGUUACUGUCUGUGAAACAAAAAGAAGAGUAAAAGAAACUCCUUACUUGACCAUGUAUUUGCUGUGUACUUGUUGACCACAAGGUGGCAGCACAGGGUUUGAAUUUUAUUUUGAUAGUUUAACAUUCAUUUUUGUCUUGAACAAGACAAAAAUGAAUUUGAGCUUCAUUGUGGCUAAAGCUGACUGCACCUCUCUUCACAAACACCUCAGUCAGUUGAGCAUUCUGUUUUCAUACGUGUCAAAGAAAAGCCAUUGACAUGUUUCCUCAAAGGAAGUUUGUUUGACAUCUUGGGCAAAUGUGCUUAUUCGCCUUUUUGUGAGAGUUUUGUGAGAGGACCGUUACCUAGCUCAUAUCUGUAUGCUAAAUAUGAAGCUUAGCCUAGCUUAGCACAAAGAUUGGAAACAACUAACCUGACUCUUUCCAAAGGAAACUCAACUCCCCCCUCCUCUUUACAUUUUGCAUUUGGCACAACAAUAACACAAAAACAAGCAAAUUUCUUCUACUAGUAGAUAUUAGCUGAUAACUACAUCAAUCAGGGUUUUAAAGACAUUUCAAAUGUAGCACUUGUUUGAUGGUCAUUUUGACAAAGUAUGAAACCCUCCAUUGAUAUUGGAGAUUUUAAAAUGUAUAAAUUAAAACAUAAACACAGCAUGAUGUACAACGGAAACUGGAUGGACUAAUAGAUUUAGCCAAUCAGUUAAAAAAGGAAUUCAUUCAUCGGUUUCUUUGAAAUGUCCACUGAAUUAAUUUGGUUUUCAUGUUGCCUCAGAAACAUUUAGACCAUAGUAAAUCAAAUUUAAGACUUGCAGAGACCAUCUGAGGGAUUUUUUGAGAAAAAUGGAGCUGUUUCUGUAGAAACACAGUUAGCUACGACAAGCUGUGUCCAGUCUUUGUGCCGCUAAUCUUCUCAAGUAAACCUCAGCAAAACGUGAAUGAGCAUGUUCCCCAAGCUGUCAGACGUUUGUUUAAAAAAUUGUAAUUAAUCUCUGUGCGGCAUAUCUCUGUGUUUAGAUGCCUCUUCUUUGGCAGCUGUGCCUGUUGCCAGUUUUAUUAUUUCAGUGUUGAGUUUGAGUGCAAGUUGUUCAGAUUGCAAAUGAACUUUUGAAUGUACCGUUGUUGCUUCGCUGCUCUUUAAUGUCGCCUGCUCUGAAUUUGCCAUGGUGUACAAAUGAUGUCUUUUCUUGACCAUAUAUACAAUGAAACUGUAUAUGUAUAUAUAUAUAUUUAUUUUUUGGGGGCACACGGGUGGACCUCUUGAGGAAGACCUGUAAUGUUUGUGACCGUGUUUUUGUAGGUGUUUACGUACCAGUUUUCAGAGCGUGUGUGUGUGCCUGGGUUUGUUUAAAGGUUGGAGAGAUUGUAUUCUGUACGCAUGUGUGUGUCAUGACAAGUAUUCUCGAGGAUAUAAGUAGGCUAACUUAAAUGUGGGAAAAAAAAAAUUUCACCCAACUUUUGUUCCACCUGUGGCAGUGUGUCAUGUGUUAACAUGUGUUCUGGUGUCCAACAUUCAUGUCCCAGUUUGUGUAUAUUUGACUGCAAAAUAAAUCUGUGGUAAAUUGUA